AUGAAGGACAAGGGCAUCCAAGUGGAAGGCGCCAAUGUCAAAAGAGGUGCCACAGGGUGCUACAUCUUUGAGAUUCAAGGGGCGGGCAAUCAGGAGAGAGCUGAUAGGUUCGCCCUUGAAUUAAAAAAGGCCCUGAUGGGCAAAGUAGGAGUUAGAGUCGCACGCCCGACCAAGAUGGCGGAAAUGAGACUUCGGGGGCUAGAUGAGUCCAUCAGAGCCCCUAAAGUCAUUAAAGCCAUAGCCUCUAACGGAGGUUGUGAAGCGGAGGAAAUCCACCUGGGGGAAAUUAGGAAAACCCCAGGUGGAAUAGGAAUUGUAUGGGUCCGAUGCCCAUUAAAAGCGGCAAACCGCAUAAUGGGCACGGCCAAAAUGCAAAUAGGAUGGGCACUGGUGCGCGCCGAGAUUUUAGACACCAGGCCCCUCCAGUGCUACAAAUGCCUGGAGGGGGGUCAUGUGCGCGCACGGUGCCCCAACAACAUAGAUCGUAGCAAUAAAUGCUAG